CACACACACACACACACACACACACACACACAUUCUGCUGGAGAGGAUCCUGACAUCACAUCUGUAUUAUUGGGCAGAGAAUCACGAACAAUCUACUCAAGGAUUUAACGUGUUUCUCCUCCUCGGUGAAGGUGCAGCCGGGAUCAUGUUUUAAACCCGCAGGAGCAACGGAGGCAGAGAUCAAUGACAACAGCGAGCUCACUGAUUGGUCACAGGGCCUGAGUGACAGCCAGACGUUUGCCAGCAAUGGGUCGGAAGUUGGAUUUGUCGGGUCUGACGGACAAUGAGGCGGAGCAUGUGCUGCAGGUGGUGCAGAGGGACAUGACGUUACGCAAGAAGGAGGAGAAGCGACUCAGUGAACUGAAGCAGGAGCUGGAUGAGGAGGGCAGUCGCUGCCUCCUGCUGUCACGGCAGAGUUGCUUCAACCAGCGCUGCUGCAUCCGCUGCUGCUUGCCCUUCACCUUCCUGCUCAACCCCAAACGCCAGUGCUGCGACUGCCGCUACAACGUCUGCAAGGCCUGCAGGGUCUACGUUAAGCAGGACAAAGCCUGGCUCUGCUCCGCCUGCCAGAAGAGCAGGCUGUUGAAGACACAGUCACUGGAAUGGUUCUACACUAAUGUGAAGAGGCGCUACAAGAGAUUUGGCAGCGCCAAAGUGCUGAAGACUCUCUACAGGAAGCACUUGGCUCAGCACAGUGCGCUCUCAGAGCUGACUGAGGGCAGUGCCUACGAGGAGAGCGUCUGCAAUGAGGGCAGCGUCUGUGGGAGCGACUCGACCUUCUACAGACAAAGUGAAGAGCACAGCAUGGCGGAGACGCUCACUGUGGCCUUGCGGGUGGCAGAGGAAGCCAUAGACGAGGCCAUUUCCGAGGCGGAGUUCGACACUGCCAGUCAGGAGAAGCAGGAUGAGGCCUACUAUCUGCGGGAGCACAGAGGAGAGCUCAUAGAUGAACUGGCUAAAACUAUUGUGCAAAAAAUCAUUAACAGGAGGAAGUCUUUGGCUGAGAUGAGGACAGAGUACGACCAGGACUGGCCCAACACUGACCCUCAUCACCCUCAUCAUCAUCAUCAGUCAACCUGUGAUGAAGCCUCCUGCUCACUCACACACCAACCAGGCCUCUGGAGGUCACACUCUGCCUUCUCCCUGUUGUCCACCGACGCUCCAGGUCUGAUACAAGAAUCUCUGCAAACGUUGAAGAAAGAAGGCAUCGGCUCGACCAUCUCUGCCUGGAAGAGUGUGGACCGCCUCGACAACGCUGGUGUGUCCUCAGUCCUGAAGAGCCCAGACGGGAACUGGAUCGCCCUGCAGAGCACCCAGCUGUCUCGCCCCACCCUGCUGACCCAAAGGAAGAGCCUGGUCUACAGUGCCUUGGAGAGGGAGUCCGGGCUGGUGUCCGCCUACAAAGACAUGGACUCUGACGACGAGACCAAGCCUGAGCCCGACAGCUCCUGGGGCGCUGCCCUCCAGCAGAUCCACAGGAAGAUGACGGACUGUAACCUGAACCUGCAGGACGCUCAGGACAGUGUUGCGUCCCCGCUGAUGAGCCGCAGAGGCAGCAGAGAUGGUCUGUUUUCAGACUCUGAGGGGAACUGGAAACCUCAUAAACCUCUGGUCGCUCUUUUUCAGAGGAAGGUGCCUGCGGAGAUCAGGCGACCUUCAGCAUUACAAAGGACGAGUAUCAUUGAUGUGAACUUCAACGUAGAAGGAGCCACGGAGGAGGAGGAGGAGGAGGAGGAGAGGAGCGGUGUGGCUGCUAAGCCAGAGGGGGGGAAAGUCAGGAGAUCGCGGAGGAAAAGGAAGAGUAAAAAAGUAGCUGCUUCUUCUUCUGUGUCGGAUUUAAACAAGAAAGACAAUGAGUCCCAACCUAAUUCUGAUGCCCUGACGUCCGACACUUUGACCUGUGAAGCCACGACCCCUGAACCCUUUGACCUCGAGAGCGACACCACUGGACAUGCAGCGAAUCAGACGGACGAGGAGCUUGAAUUAGAAUUACAAAAGCGUGCAGGCCGAGUUUCAGCAGCCUCCGAUCAAGAGAAGGUGCUCGAGGAAGACAGAGUCUCUGGAGAUGAUGGACUGAGAGAGGAAAGGAGACAAGAAAGUGAGGAUGGAGAUGACGAAGAGGAGAGGUUGUGGAAGAUGAAAGUCGACUUGGAUGAAGGAAGAAUGGAGAAUGAGAGGGCGGAGGAUGAGAAAGAUUAUGAAGUAGAUGAUGAAGAGAUGAAGCACAGAUUGUACAGACUCGUGGCACAGUCCAAACUCACUUACUUUUCCUCUACCGAUGAGGAGUUGGACAGAGUUGGCCCAAGUGAGGGAGAAUGGGAUGAAGACAAUAACGAGGAAGAGGAGGAGAAGACGGAGAGACUCACUUAUAAACUCUGUCGACUGGAAAAAGAAGUGAGAGCGACGCAGUUCUCCUCCACAGAAGACGAGCUGGACAGAGUUGGCAUCGACGAGAGGAAGACAGAGGAGGAGAGUGGGAGCCACGAGGAGCUGGCUGUGAAAGUGUGCAGAUUAGCAAACCAAGUCCAGGCCGUCCAGUUUUCCUCCACAGAGGACGAGCUGGACCGAGCGGGCCGAGGCGGAGACGGGGAGCAAGGGAUAGACGAGGAGACGCUGUGGACGUUACAGGCAGAAAAGGCAGUUCAGGCCGCUCAGCUUCGAGAUCUGGCCAGUCUAGUCAGCGCCUCGCAGUUUUCAUCCACCGAGGACGAGCUGGAUAGAGUUGAACAGGACGAGGGGGAGAGAGAGCAGGAGGUAAAUGAAGGAGAGAUGGAGAGCAGCUUCGAGACGGAGGAGGUUUGGGGAGGAGCAGAGGACAGGAGAGAAUCAUUCGAAGAUCUGGAUGUGAACAUGUUUGAUUUGAGGGAUGAAAGUGAGGAAACGAAGAGUGAGGAUGAGAAAGCAACAGAUGAGGAUGUUUUGGACGAUGAGAGACAGAGAGAAAAUGCUGAAACAAGCGAGAUCGAGAUAAGAGAGAGGGUUGAGGAUGAAAUAACAGCCGUAGAGACGCUGGUACGUGAAGAUGCAGCUGAAACCGCAAAAGAGACACGAGAAAGAGACGAGAGGAAAUCAGUGGUUGAAGCUGAGAAAACAGAAGAGAUCAUCGACUCAAAUGAGACACGAGUGGAACGAGACAAUCAGCCAGAGGCAAAGACGCCAGACAACAGCAAAGACUGGAAGUUUAAAGAAAGCGAAGAGGGUCAGGAGAGCUGGGAAGCGUCAGCGGACAGUGAGGAGGAAGACGCAGAAUUUGACAGAAUCAUCAGCAGCAUGUUGAUGAUGACUUUAGAGGACAUGCAGGCGGAAACAGCUGCAGAAAACGAGAGAGUAAAUAUAGAGCCGCCGGCCACAGAGGGAGACGGAAGCAUUAAAAUAAAAGAGGAGAGCAGUGUCACAGAAAAGGUCGUUGAGGCACAAGGUAGAUACGAUUCAGAGGAGACAGGAAGUGUGGAGAAAGUAGAAAAUGCAACUGAGAAAAACGAGCAGGAAGAAAAAGAUGCAGAUCCACGAGAAAGAAUAAGUUUGGAUCUUGAGACAAACGAGGCCCAACAGACAUGUAGGAAAAAAGAAGAGGAUGAUAAGGAACAAGAGGAAGGAGGUGGAAAAAUAGCGAUGGAGCAGAAAAUGAUGGAGGAAGCUGCUGCAGAGUGUGAAAGUAAAGAAAAGGAUGAGAAACUGGAGGAAACACAAGAAAAGAGGGAGGAAGACAGCUCUUCUCUUCAGGAGGGUUUUCUGUCCCCAGAGGAGAUUCAACAUGGUAGUGACGCCGAGCUUUACAAAACUAUACAGUUAAUAUCAACUCUUCUGCAGCAGAGGUAUUCAGCGGUGUCCCUGUGCAGCAUCACCACUCAGGUGCUGAAGGUGCUGAACGCCACAGAGGAGCUGCUUCACGGAUUCGAGGGAGGAGACGAAGCCCAACUCUCCUCCACCUCCCUGCCCCCAAACACCGACGCCAAGAAGCUGGACCAACAGUUCUCCCGACUGGAGGAAAACGUGUAUGUGGCGGCUGGUUCAGUGUUCGGUCUGGAGGCGGAGCUGAGUGACCUGGAGGAGUGUGCCAGGGGAAUCUGCAGCUCCACCUCCGACAUGGAGCUGUCCUUCCUGGAGGAGCAGGUGGCGUCAGCUGCUGCCAAGGUCCAACAGUCUGAACUACAGAUCGGCGACAUCUCGACGAGAAUCGCCGCGUUGAAGAGUGCCGGCCUCAACGUGGACACACAGUCACGCUUCACUAAGGCCAGAUCCAUUCCAGUUAUGCCGGUCACCCUCGACUCAACCAGACAACUGAGGAGGCGAUUACCUGCUCCACCAGUGAAAGAGGACAAAGAAACCUAAAUCACAGACCCAGGACCGUUGCAGUACCUCCAACACAGCAGUGCCUUGACCUUUGACCCUGCAGCCUACAAGCCAGUCUUAAAUUAUCCAGUCGGGUUUUAUUUUUGCCUUAAUUUUAUCUUAAACAUACCUCAAUCAAUAUGGGACACUAGUGCUCUACGUAGAUCAUGUGUCGAUGUGCAGGAAAUCAUUGAUUCUGGUGUCGUCUUCAGAAAUGUACAGUAGAUGAAAUUACUUUAUUUUCGGAUUUGAGACAAAACAGUUUUGAAAUUGUAUCCAUAUUGAUCCAACUGUAAGAGACAGUGCAGCUGAACCCAGGACAAGAAAAUCACAAACAUUUGAGUUUUGACUUUUUAGAUAAAAAAAAUAAGUAGAUAAGUCCUGUGAAAUGAUUCUGUAACACAGUCA